AUACUCAUCUCCUCCUCUUUUCAAACAGUUGUUCUUGUUCUUUCAGCUGUGAAGAAAUUCUCAAGCAAAGAUGUCAAGAGAUAGGGCAAUUGGUGUAGCUGUGGAUUUCUCCAAAGGAAGUAAAAUAGCUCUCAAAUGGGCUGUUGACAAUCUGCUAGAAAAAGGUGACACCCUCUAUCUCAUCCAUGUUAAGCCCUCCCAAGGCGACGAGGGUCGCAACCUUCUCUGGGCCACCUCCGGCUCCCCUCUGAUUCCAUGGACCGAGUUGCGUGAGAAGGAGGUGAUGCAGGGGUAUGAAGUUGUCCUUGAUCCUGAGAUUCUCGACAUGCUCGACACUUGUUCUAGGCAGAAGCAGGUGACUGUGGUGGGUAAGCUUUACUGGGGUGAUGCAAGGGACAAGCUUUGUGAGGCUGUUGGAGCUUUGAAGCUUGCUUGUUUGGUCAUGGGUAGCAGAGGCCUUGGCACCAUCCAAAGGGUGCUGGUGGGAAGUGUGAGCAACCAUGUGCUUGCAAAUGCUACUUGUCCUGUUACCAUUGUGAAGGACCCCAGUGCUCACGGGUUUUGAUUCGAAACUCUGAAUCUGUUGUUUGCAAAAGAGUUUCACUAUCAAGAAUCUUCUGCUGCUUUCUAUUCCUCUCUGUUGGGACCAGUUUGGAAAACUAUAUCUUGAUAAGGUCGAAGUGUAAUAAAUAAAGUUUCUAAUGCCUAUAAAAUGUUGCAAAUUGUUCAUUGUUGUAUCAGAAACAGAGUGUUCUUCUUCCUCCCCCCCCUUUUUUGUGAAUUUUAAACAUGAAACUACCUAUUAAAGAUGCUUUUGCCUGUUAUCUGUUGUUUCACCAGUAUAGAAAUGUUUUCAAUGGCAAAAGGAUUCAACAAACAGCACUCGGUUCU